AUGGAUAUUGUUAGUGACUGUGGCCUUAUUUCUUCCAAGACAGUUGCCACACCCUUGCCUCCUAGCGUUAAGUUGCAACCAGUUUCAGACGAUCCUUUUGUUAAGCCUGAACGGUAUCGUCGCCUAAUUGGCAGACUUUUAUAUCUCUGUUUCACGCGUCCAGAUUUGUCGCACGUUGUGCAACAGCUCAGCCAGUUUAUGCAUAAGCCAUGUCAAUCCCAUUGGCACGCAGCUAUGCAUCUUGUUCGAUAUUUGAGAGGAUGUUCUGAUCUUGGGCUCUUUUUUCCUGCAUCCAACUCCCUCCAGCUCCAAGCCUUCUGUAAUGCGGACUGGGGUGCGUGCCUUGAUUCUCGUUGUUCACUUACUGGUUUUGCCAUUUACCUUGGUUCUGCACUUAUAUCUUGGAAAACUAAGAAACAGAGUACUGUUUCUUGCUCCUCCGCUGAAGCAGAAUAUCGGAGUAUGGCGGCGACGACUUGUGAGCUCAAAUGUAUUUCAUACUUGCUAAGAGAUUUUGGCAUUACUGUCUCUUUGCCUAUUCCCUUCCAUUGCGAUAAUCAGGCGGCUAUUCAUAUAAUGGUCAAUCCUGUGUUUCACGAAUGCACAAAACACCUUGACAUUGAUUGUCAUAUUGUGUGGAAUUGCUAUAGGGAUAGUUUUCUCUUACCUGUUUUUGUUCGUAGUCGUGAUCAAGUUGCUGAUUUAUUCACUAAACCUCUCUCUGCUCCUUCAUUCACUGGUUUGUUGGGCAAGUUGGGCUUGUUUGCCGUUGAACUAAGUCCAACUUGUGGGGAGAGGGGGGGGUUGGAAGUAUUGGAGAGAAACAUGCAAAAAAUCAAACUAAAGUAG